GAAGGGGCGUGCUGGAAAUACGUGUGUUUGGGGGCUUGUGAGUUCGAGGCUCCGGCGCGCGGGAGACAAACGGAGAGCGGGAAAGCAGGUGCAGAAGCUCGUGUUGCGCGUUACGGGGUGGCGGCAGUCAGCAGACGGACCCGAGGGCACAGUAAACGGGAAAAGGCGGAAAACCGAAAGUGAAUUGGGGGAUACACAAGAUCUCUUUAUUAGAACGUGUCUGUUUGCCCAUCUGUUUAUCAUGGCCAAGGUACAGAUUCUCAAUAUGGUGGUGUUGGAUAACCCAUGUCCGUUCCACAAUCCUUUCCAGUUUGAGAUCACCUUUGAGUGCAUAGAAGACCUACCUGAUGACCUAGAAUGGAAGAUUAUUUACGUGGGAUCGGCAGAAAGUGAAGAAUACGACCAAGUGCUGGAUUCGGUGCUCGUCGGGCCGGUACCUGCCGGACGUCACAUGUUUGUGUUCCAGGCGGAUGCCCCCAAUUCAAGCCUAAUCCCCGAGUCGGAUGCUGUAGGGGUCACCGUGGUACUCAUCACCUGUACAUAUCGUGGUCAGGAAUUCAUCAGAGUUGGCUAUUAUGUAAAUAAUGAGUACUCUGACCCAGAACUUCGAGAGAAUCCACCCCUUAAACCAAACUUCACCCAGCUCCAGAGAAACAUCCUGGCAUCAAACCCCCGUGUUACGCGCUUUCAUAUCAAUUGGGACAGUGCAAGUGAAUCAAAAAUGGAAGAUAUUGAAAACGUGGACCCUGCCUCUCAUGCAAUGCUGCCUCCAACCUGCGCCCCCUCAAAGGGUCUGGCAGGCGCAUUGAACGCCAUCCCAGAAAACUCGAUGGACUGUAUGUGAUCCUGCUGCACGGUCAGGGCAUGUGAGCUCACAGCCCCCUACUCACUGCUAUGAAGGCAAAACUAUGGACUCUGGUAGUGCCAUGCUGCGUGUCUGGCCGCCUGCGAUCACUCCCCUUCUCUACAACGUUCUCACAUAUUUUCGGGUUUAAAAACAUGGACGCGCUCCUGAUGCAAAGUGUUAAUUCAACUCUUCUUUCUGAGAACUGCCAGACUCAUUGUAAAUGCUUUUCUAUUGAUACUGCAGUUUUUAGAGGGACAUCCAU